AUGGAUAAAAUCGCAAUAUAUACAAACAGCUCCAUUAUCUCUUACAUUGGGGCUACAGUAAAUAACGUCACAGUGUCCAUAUACGACCCUGAACCUUCUGACAGAUCGGCGGAACUGGCGAUUUUAAGGACACUUCACUGGAUCUUCAGCUCCAUUAUUGGCGUCAUUGUCGUCGUUCUAGGAAUCACCGGGAAUACUCUCUCGUUGAUCGUCUGGAGGAAGAGAUCACUACAGUCCUCCACGGGACAUUAUUUGACCUUUCUGUCUUUUGUGGACUUGAUCGUUCUCGUGCUCUACUUCCUGAUCGAAAGCCUUCCUCAGAUUGAGCCUCUUCUUCGGUUCUCGCCUAACUAUGGCGCAUUCUACUCCUAUGUCGGUUACCCUUGUUUUCACUUUGCCGCCAUGGUCAGUCUCUGGUGUAUGGUUGGAGCCACUUUUGAUCGGUAUAUCCAUGUGUGCUGUCCUUCAAAAGCCAAGCUUUGGUGCAAGAAAAGGAAAGUCUACUUAAUUCUUUGCCUGGUAUCUGGAAUUUGCUUCUUUUUCACCAUUCCUCAUUUCCUGACGUACGUUCCUAACAAGGAGUCGAUUUAUUCCUUUGUCUUUACGGAAUUUGGACAAAGUGAUACGAGGAACAAAUACAUCUUUUGGGUAUUCUGCUUCUUCCUCAUGAACUUAGCUUGGUAUCCGCCAGUGUUCAUGAACUUGCGAAUGAUUCGACACUUGAAGACGACCAAGAUUCCGAAAUCCCAGGCCAAGCUAACACGCAUGCUUCUGUACGUGUCCUUUGCCUCUCUCCUGUUGCUGACGCUAGGGUGUUUCCCCCAGUGUUUCUUGAUGUUUUUCAAGAUGGAUGACAUUGCCAUCUUUCAGGAGGCGUGGUCCUUGACAUUACUUGUAGUUGUGAUCCGCUCCUCUGUUAACACUGUCUUCUACACACUGUUUUAUGAUCGAUUCUGCAGGGAACUUAAACGAGUGUUUGGAUGUCUGAACGAUGACGUAUCUGAAGGUGAUGUUCCGUCACAUGAAGAAUCCACCCCGUGA